UCGGGGCAGCAGAUGACCCGGCGCAGCGGCUCGGAGCACAGCAGCAGUCCCCUGUACCGGAGGAGAGGAUGGGGGGCAUCACCGGCCGCAGCUGAACUCACCGCAGCCGGAGCAGCGGCCGCGGGGACAACUUCUGCCAGGAUUUAACACCCGGUCCCAAACAACCAUGCCGUUCGCUAAAAGAGUCGUGGAGCCCCAGUUGCUGUGCAGGUACCGGGUCCCGAACGAGGAGGGUGCGGUGUUCGAGGACCUGGUGUCCAUCAGUAACGCGGCUCUGUCCCGGAGCCUGCGGCAGCUGUCGGACCUGGCCAGGCACGCCUGCUCCAUCUUCCAGGAGCUGGAGCGGGACCUGGCGUCCACGCAGCAGCGGGUCCGCGGGCUGCAGGGCAAGAUCAGCCGGCUGCAGCACGGCUGCUCCGAGCUGGACCCCAAGCAGGAGGCAGUGCCGGUGUCCAACCUGGAUGUGGAGAGUAAACUGACGACACAUUUUCAAGCGCCCUGGCACCAGCAGAGGAACAUUUUCCACCCCUCCACACGGCCAGCAUGUAUAGAAGAGCUUCACCGGCGGGCCAACCUGAGUCUGUGGGCCCUGAGCCAAGAUCCCCAGAGGAGACCAUCAGGCAGAAAGGAACGGAGAGUAACCAUCUCGGAUUUGCCACCGAUGCCCUUGUAUCCAUCCCCUCAAAUCGCCCGCAAGCAAGAAAAGAGGGCCUCAAGUCUAGCUACGUUUGCAUCCACCCGCUCCUCCUCCCCCACCGAAUGCUGCCGCCUCUCCCCCUGGAGCAGAAAGGCUGCGCCCUCUGACCCCGACACUGACGGGGUGGCUUUAGGUCACCGGUCUAAGUUUCCCAUCCCUAACAUCCCCUCCACCCUGGACAAGCAGACUAACUGGUCUAAAGCCCUGCCGCUGCCCACUCCAGAGGAGAGAAUGAAAACCAAUUCCCAAGUCAUCACCUCAUGCGUCAUCCCUAUUAAUGUGACUGGGCUGGGCUUUGACAGAGAUGCUAGUGUGCGCUGCUCGCUCGUUCAUUCACAGUCUGUGCUUCAGAGGAGACGGAAGCUGAGGAGACGGAGGACUGUCGCCGGCGUUCCCAGACAGGUGCAGAGAGAUUUAGAGUCCGAUGACUCUCCUGGUUCCAGAGAGCGGACGGUCAUAGUUCACGCCGGCGCCGACAUCACUCCCUCCAGCGAGGAGUUGGCCGGCCACCUCAACACCAGGGACUCGGGCUGCCAGACCGAAGACUUCCUGGUCUCGGGAGCUCCGUCUCGCAGGAAGAUCCGGGUCCAGAGGGCCCAGGGCGUCUCGCUCCUGCUCUCCCACUCCGCGGGAAACAUCUCGGCGCUGCCCGAGUGCAGCGACGCCAUGUACUCCGCCUCCGUGGGGGCUCGCCUGCGCUCGCGCAGUCUCCCCAGAGACGCCAGCCGCACGAUGGACAACGGGCACAACGACAGCGAGAACGAGGAGGAGCUCUCCCUCUUUAACACCGAGGGCUUCCUGUGCGGCCGCAGGACGAUGAUCCUCAAGGACGAGGAGGAGAGCACGGACGACCAGGCCGUGUCGGAGCACCAGCUGGGCAGCCUGAAGUACAAGCAGCUGCUGGAGCGGCCGGAGCGCAGCUGGAUGGAGCGCACCCGAGCCCAGCUGCCCCGCAAAGCGGACAUGGGCAGCUGUGAGAUCUCCUCCAGCUCGGACACCUUCAGCAGCCCCGUGCACUCGGUGUCGGCGGCCGGCGUGCUGGCCAGCCAGAUGGACCACAAGGAGGACCACCAGUCCUCCAGCGGGAACUGGAGCGGCAGCAGCUCCACCUGCCCCUCCCAGACAUCGGAGACCAUCCCCCCCGCCGCGUCUCCGCCGCUCACCGGCUCAUCUCACUGUGACUCCGAGCUCUCCCUCAACGCCGGCCCUCACGCCGUCGACGACCAGAGCGUCUUCCUGCUGGACCACUACCACGGCCUCCGCGCCCAGCGGGCCGGCUCCUUCUCCUCCACGGCCAUGGAUAUCCUAGAGGAGGCGGGGGUCAGCACGCCCGUGGAGGGGGAGUGGGGCUACCCGCACGCCGAGCCCUCGCGGCCCCAGGGCUUCAGCCCCGAGCCCAGCAGGGAGGCCGACAGCAGCCUGGGCUGCCCCAGCUUCACCAGCAUGGCCACCUGCGAGAGCAGCUUCUCCGACAAACCCCCCUCCGAGAAAGCAGACUCCGUCUCCCACUACUCCGUGGACACCGAGGGCUACUACACCUCCAUGCACUUUGACUGCGGCUUGAAAGGUAGCAGGAGCUUCACCUAUAACUAUGCACCCCCCGGUCCCGAUUGUAGCCUGUCCGACUUGAGCGGUCACCUGACGCUGGGGAGACGCUGCCUGUCUUUGAGGAAACCCAAGGCCAGGCCGUCUCCCCCGAAGAGGAGUUCCUCCUUGAGAAAAAUAUGCAGUGAGGGAAACAUCCCUGAUAAGAAAGAACCAAAGAUUUCAUGCGGGCAGCAGCUUCCCUCAUCCUCCAGGGAGAGGAGACUGCAGCUGGCGUUGUCCGGCCCGCGAGCUCACAUGGAAAACUCUUCAGUCGCCCGCGAGCCCUUUGCAACCUGGGGAGCGACCGAUCUACCCGACCUCGGCGGGGGAAGCUUCCCGGACGCGCAGUCGUUCAAGGACGAGGGUGCCGUGCAGUCGGACUAUGCAGAUCUGUGGCUCCUGAACGAUUUGAAGUCCAGCGACCCCUACCGAUCGUUAUCAAACUCCAGCACGGCGACGGGAACAACUGUGAUCGAAUGCAUCAAGUCGCAGGAAAGCUCGGAGUCCCAGACGUCCCAGUCCGGCUCCAGAGCCACCACCCCUUCUCUCCCAUCGGUGGAGGGAGAGUUCAAGCUGGCGUCCCCGGACAAGCUGGCGGGCCUGGCCAGCCCGUCCAGCGGCUACUCCAGUCAGUCGGAAACCCCCACUUCCACAUUCCCCUCCACCUUCUUUCCCGGGCCGCUCUCCCCUGCGAGCGGCAAGAGGAAGCCCAAGGUCCCGGAGAGGAAGUCCUCGCUGUCAUCGCGGUCCCUGCAGUCGCCGUCCUGCAAGGAUGGAGCCACCUCCGACAGAGAGCUGGAGCUGCCCACCAUUCCUCCCUCCCACCUGGACUUAAGUGCCCUUCACUGUGAGAGCAACACGGCCUCAGUUUUCAGGACCCAGUUACAAAACCUUCAGCAGAACAAGCAAAACUCUGCAUUGACGGCCAAAUCUCUAGCCCCUCCCCAGUCAGAGGCGAUCGGCGCCCCUCUGUUGAUCACGCCGUCUGUGCUGAGCUCGGUUCAGCUCAGAUCCGUCAGUAAGGAGCACAAAGAUGGGAAUGAAGACAAAGCAGGUUUCAGGCUACAAAGUAAUGGGGGCAUAACCAGCAAACUCCCCAGUAGCCCAUUUCUAGAACUGAAAGGUUCCCAUCUGCACAACUCCCAUCAUCAUCACACGUCCUCGACAGGCUCGCGUGAUUCCGUUCGGAGCUCAGACAGAGAGCCUACGAGUGAGACCCGUAACAAGCAGGACCCAGAAGCUCCUUCAGAGAGUCUGUGUGCAGAGCUGCCGCUGCCAGACCCGUGUUCGGACCGGAGCAGGGCAGACUCCCCUGAGAGGCCCAACACUGAUGAAGAGAAGACGUGCAGAGAGUCGGCCGAAACGUCUACCUGCUCCGAAGACUGGAGCUCACAUUCAGAGCCUUUCCUGCAGCCUCGGGCUGAAGCGUCUGAGGAAGACGCCUGUCCCUCCCCCCCGGUCCUGCACAGUUCCCCCAAGAGAUCCAACAGUCCCGACAAAGUGCCUGCUACUGACGGUCUGCUGGAGACGUCCCGAGACAGCGAUUCAUCAGGUGUUUCAGCCGAAAGUGCCUCGCCGGACGGUAAAGACGAGUCCACGGCAGAGGCGGAGGAGGAUUUCGGCAAAGACCUCUCAGCCAGCGACAACUCAGCGUCUCCGCUGCUCGAUGAGUCCAGACCAGAGGACGACAACGUGUUUGUGUCACCAUCCAAGUCCCGCACCACUGAGGAUCUGUUUGCUAUGAUUCAUAGGUCCAAGAGGAAAGUGCUGGGAAGGAAGGACUCCUGCGAGUCCCCGGGGGUGAGGAACCGCCUCCCCGCUGCGUCGUCCAACACCCCCCCCACCAGCGCCCCCGUCUCCCCGGCGCCCCCCUCUCCUGCCGUGACCCCGCCGGCCCUGCACCGAGUCUCCGGUCCCAUCUACAGGAACGCAAAGAAGUCCAGCACCUCCAAUGAAGAGUUCAAACUGCUGCUGCUUAAAAAGGGGAGCCGCUCGGACUCCAGCUACCGCAUGUCGGCCACGGAGAUCCUCAAGAGCCCCGUCACUCCUAAAUCAGCGGGGGAUUUUCUGACGGAGUCUCCCCGAGCGGCCGAGGAGCCCGCCGGCCUCCUGCAGCAGCUGCAGCAGCUGCAGCCGGGACCAGACCACCUCUCCAGCCCCUACCCCAGAGCCAACGCCGAGAGCUUCUCGCCAAAACCCUUCCUUACGUCUGCGGCCUCCAGGCAGGGGCGGCCCAGGAUCCCGCCGCCCGCCAACAGCAGCCGCUACAGCGCGCGCAGCAGGCUGUUCUCGGCGCCCAUGCAGGCCAUCUCCGAGGGAGAGGCGGAGAACUCCGACGGGAGCCCUCACGACGACCGCUCGUCACAGGGCUCCACGUAGACAGCAGAGCACAGCCCAAGCUGUCAUGUAAGUUUACAGAGACCACAAACGGACCAGAAUGACAUUUAAAGAAUAUUUAUGAAAUGUGCCUGCAUUUAAAAACAAAAAAUGGAAAAAAAGUGUAUUUCUUAAAAGAAUUUUUAUGAACAGAAAAAGUUGGCAUUAGAAAAAUCAGAUUACUCAGAAGAAAAUGAUUCAACAUGUAUUUUUAAACAAGUAUGAAUUAUUUUGUUAGUUGGAGGCACAGUUCCAAAAGCCAUUUAAAGCCAACCUCGCUGGUGGCUUUCCGUCACCGCGACAACAGCACAUCACGUCUCAUUUAAUCUCAUCUGCUGUCAGAUUUAUCUUCAGAAUUUAAGGAAAGAAAAAAAAACUAUUACUAGUCGAUCUUUGUUGGUAUUUCAUGAAAAUAGAAUAAUAAUAAUAUGCAUCCUGUGAACACCUAUGCAAUAAGACACUCGUGCAUUUUCUCAAGCCAGUUAGAUUAUCUUCAUCCCUGCCCGCCUGAACAUCAGGACUGACAAAAAAAAUGAGAAAAUUCUGUCCUUUCUUUCACAUUGCUGAUAGUCAGCAUCGACUAGAGCAUUUAUUACCUCGUCCUUCUUAAAGCUGAUUAGCCCGAUGGAUCAACCCCACGCCUGGACAGAUGUCGGCUCUGCAGAGCAGAUUUCAAUCUGCCAGCAGCACAUCUGGAUUUCUAGGCCAAAUCCCAGAUAAUACUAUCAAAAAGAGGCUAUCGCUAAAACGUUUUGAAAGUGAGAUGCAAUAAAUGAGUGAGUUAAUAGUGGUGAGACUGGAACUGUCAAAGCCGACUUGACAAUCUCUACCGACAAGAAGAAGAGCAGGUGUUACCGCGGGAGAAGAAAACGUGAUCAAAAAGCCGGAGGGGGGGAAAUGGCAGGGGGAGAAUACGAAGGUCACACGAUUAAAGAACAGUGGACAUUUCUGGUUUGCUUGCUUGGUAUGUUCAUGAAUUGUUGAAAGAGGCCAGUGGAAAGUGCUCAGGAGGAUCAAAGAUGCCUUAUUUUACUUGACAGGAAAAAAAACUAAAGUGACAAAGCAGCAGGGGAGUGUUGUUUUUUUUUGGUGGGGGUGUUUCAGUUCUGUUGGAGGAUGUUGAAUAUUGAGCCAGGUUAUCGUGUUUGAUGAAAAGAAGAUCCAGAUCUUGGCAUUUGCUGCUAAUAUUUGCCAAAUGCUCCUUAAUCUUUCUCCCCAUCCCAAAAAAUAUAGACUUUCAUAUUUUCUAUGUUGAGAAACAAUCUAGAUAUAUUUAUUUUUUAUACCAGACAAAGCUCCCAGCGUGCCACCAGGUCAGAUGUACGUCUUUAAAUAAUCUCAAACUGAAAUGAUAAAACAAAUUAA